AUGUCCAACCUUGCGGUGCCCUCUUCCGCCGACGGCUCGUCGGACACGUACGGCAAGAACGGGGCACCCAUCCGCCCGCCCGCGAGCGUGCCCGAGAUCACGGCGGUGCAAGGCAUCGUCCCCGUGCUCCAGAACAUUGUCGCGACCGUCAACCUCGAAUGUCGGCUGGACUUGAAGACGAUUGCGCUGCACGCCCGUAAUGCCGAGUACAAUCCCAAGCGUUUCGCCGCCGUCGUCAUGCGUAUCCGCGACCCCAAGACGACCGCUCUAAUCUUCGCCUCGGGCAAGAUGGUCGUGACCGGCGCAAAGUCCGAGGACGACAGCCGCCUCGCGUCACGCAAGUACGCGCGCAUCAUCCAGAAGCUUGGAUUCGACGCCAAGUUUGCAGAGUUCAAGAUCCAGAACAUUGUCGGCUCGUGCGACGUAAAGUUCCCCAUCCGCCUUGAGGGCCUCGCCUUCUCCCACGGCGCCUUCAGCUCGUAUGAACCAGAGCUGUUCCCGGGCCUCAUCUACCGCAUGAUUAAACCAAAGGUCGUGCUCCUCAUCUUUGUGUCGGGCAAGAUUGUGCUCACCGGCGCCAAAGUCCGCGAGGAGAUUUACAUGGCCUUUAACCUGAUUUACACAGUCUUACUCGAAUUCCGCAAGGAGUCCUAG